CCGGUCCGAGCCCAGGCCCAGUCCCAGGCCCACCGCCAGUCCGGGGCUUGGCGGCUGGCCAAGUCAACGGCGACGACUGAGCCCCCCGCGGCUUAAGAGAGAGAGAGAGAGAAGAGAGAUCUCCUCUUCUCUGUCUUCUCUUCGUUUCCCACCUACUCCGUGCUUUGGAGGAACCGGAAGAAGCUCUGGAGGCCGCCAACCAAACCUUCUCAUUCCAAUCUUCUCCUCCUCCUCCUCCUAUUGUGCUGUAGCCUGUGCAUCUCGCCGCCGAGCGCUGACGCCCGAGUUGACAGACUCUGGCGCGUCGCCUACUUCGUGCUCUCUGGCCGGGGAGUCUCGCUGCGUCGGGUUGUUCGGCGGCGGGUUCCGUCGGUGCGCGGGCGGGCUAAUUUUGCGGGCCGAGACCGUCAAUUUCUCCGGUCGGGUUCGGCUCUUCUGCCACUGCCGCGCGGGUUCAGGGUAUGAUUACUGUUGUUGAAGGCUGGUGAACUAUGUUCCAAGAUAUGAUUGCUGUUGUCGAAGGAUGAAAAUCUAUGCGCUUGUGGUUAGAUCGAUGUUAAACUGAUAUUUCAAUUAAGCGAACCUCAGUACAAUAGCUUGAAAAUUGAAACAACUCUGUAAUGAGUUGUUUUUCUCUCUUUUUCAAGAGGAUAGGGGUGACCCAUCAACAAAAUGAUCCGUGCAAUGAAGACUUCUCUGGUACUGAGAAUAUAACAAGAUUCAGCUACAAGGAGCUGGUUAAGGCAACAGCAAAGUUUGACCAAUCCAAUAAGAUCGGUGAGGGAGGUUAUGGACCUGUGUACAAGGGAACGCUCAAGGAUGGAACAGCUGUUGCUGUAAAGGUGCUUUCUUUGCAGUCUAGACAAGGCAAAAAGGAAUUUCUUAGUGAACUCCUUGCGAUCUCCAAUGUGUCACAUGAGAAUCUUGUCAAACUCUAUGGCUGUUGUGUCGAAGAAAGCCACAAAAUUCUUGUCUAUAAUUAUCUUGAAAAUAAUAGCCUCUCACAAACCCUUCUAGGUUCUCGACAUAGCAGCAUCCAGUUUAACUGGAGAACUCGAGUAAAUAUCUGCAUUGGUGUUGCCAAGGGACUAGCAUACCUCCAUGAUGUCAUCCGCCCUCACAUUGUCCAUCGGGACAUCAAAGCAAGCAAUAUACUUCUCGAUGAUGAUCUUACCCCAAAAAUUUCUGAUUUCGGUUUAGCAAAGCUUCUACCUUCAGAUGUAUCGCAUAUUAGCACAAGAGUUGCAGGAACACUAGGUUACUUGGCUCCUGAAUAUGCCAUUCGAGGACAAGUGACACGGAAAUCAGAUGUUUACAGCUUUGGUGUUCUGCUUGUAGAAAUAGUCAGUGGAAGGUGCAACACUGAUACAAGACUGCCUUAUGAAGAUCAGAUUCUUCUUGAGAAGACUUGGGCAUACUAUGACCAAGGGAACCUGGACAAGAUCAUAGACAGUAAUCUGGGCGACGACCUUGAUGUCGAUGAAGCCUGCAGGUUCCUGAAAGUCGGCCUCCUGUGUACCAAGAACAUCACAAAGCGCCGGCCUGACAUGUCCACGGUCCUCGCCAUGCUUCGAGGCGAGGUGGACGUGGACUCGCAGGAGAUCAGCAAGCCCGACGUGAUCCGGGACUUCAGGGACCUCACCCUGAGGAGCAAGGCCACAUCGUCGUCGAUGCUGAGCUCCAUCGUGGCGCGCUCCUCCUCCCCGCAGUCGUCGUCCGGGUCCGGCGACACCGUCACCACACGCACCUCCAUCACCUUCACCGCGAUAUCCGACCGCCCAUGACCUGGCGCGAAAUGGACACAGACGGACGUGGGGAAGGCGGGAACGAAAUACAGAGUAAGGAAGAGGGAAACUGUGCAUACGAAGCAUUACAGCCCAGAUUUAUUUAUUUUUGUUUUAUUUUAUUAACCUCGUACGAUUUUUUUGUCGUUGUACUGUCUAGGUUUUGUUUACGCACACAUUGUCUGUAGAGCUUGAGAAUUUGUUCUCAGAUACGUACUGUAUAAAUGUAAAACCCACAGUAUGUUUUUUUUUCCUGAAGACCUGAACUGAUCUCUCAACGAAA